CAAGCACGUGACCAGACAUGUAAUGCAGCAGUAUAUAAACUCAGCAACAAUGUGGUAGCUCUACAUACAAAGACACACACAAAGACAGGUAUGUACCAAACACACACACACACACACACACACACACAUAUAUUUGUAAAUUAUCCUCAACUAGCUUAAAGCCCUUAGUUUUAUCUAGAUAAAAUGAAUCUUGUUAAUACAGGAAGUUGGUUUCACUUUUAUAUUUCCUAUUUGUGACUAUCGGAACAAAGUGAAACCUGUGAAUGAGUGGCAAAGGAUGUGAGUAAUAGUGAGGAGGAGUAAUAUUCAGGAGAACAGAAAAAGCAAAUGGUAUUUAGUUCGCACUGUCUUUAUACCUCAAACACAGACAAACUAUAUUCUCAGUCUUUGCAGAAUGAGGGUUUUGCUUGUUGUUAGCGCUCUCAUGGCUCUAACCAAUGCUGCCAGCAUCUCCCUGGAACACCUGGAGUUUCAUGCCUGGAAGCUGAAGUUUGGUAAGAUCUAUAAGUCUGUGGAAGAGGAGUCUCAGCAUAUGAAUACAUGGCUGGAAAAUCGCAAAGUGGUCCUGGUACACAACAUGUUGGCUGACCUGGGCAUUAAGAGCUUCAGACUUGGCAUGAACUAUUUUGCAGAUAUGAGUAACCAAGAGUUCAGAGAGUCUGUGUUUAAGGGCUGCCUGGGAUCCUUCAACAGCACUAAGAGAGACAGUGCAGUUACAUUCCUCCGACAGGCAGGAGGAGCUGUUCUGCCAGAUACUGUGGACUGGAGGGACAAGGGCUAUGUGACUGAGGUUAAGGACCAGAAGGAUUGUGGCUCUUGCUGGGCCUUCAGUGCGACAGGGACACUGGAGGGUCAGACAUUUAGGAAAACUGCUAAACUGGUGUCACUCAGUGAGCAGCAGCUGGUAGACUGCUCUUGGGUAGUUGGUAACACGGGCUGUGAAGGAGGCUGGAUGGACACGGCCUUUGAAUAUGUGAAAGAAAAUGGAGGACUGGACACAGAGUACUCUUACCCCUAUGAGGCCGAGGAUAGGUUUUGCAGAUAUAAUCCAGCCACUGUUGGAGCAACCUGCACUGGCUAUGUGGACAUAUGGUAUGAAGAUGAGAAUGCUUUGCAGGAAGCUGUGGCCACCAUCGGACCCAUUUCUGUCGCCAUAGAUGCAGGCCACAUAUCCUUCCAGCUCUAUGAAUCAGGUGUCUAUGAUGAACCUGACUGUAGCAGCACUGACCUUGAUCAUGGGGUCCUAGCUGUUGGUUAUGGCACAGAUUAUGGACAGGAUUUCUGGCUGGUCAAGAACAGCUGGGGUCUUAAUUGGGGUCAUAACGGCUAUAUCAAGAUGUCAAGGAACAAGGACAACCAGUGUGGCAUUGCCACAAAAGCCAGCUAUCCUCUGGUUUAAAGUUGUGAACAAUAAAGGAUAAUAAUUAUGA